CGUAAACAAAUGGCGGCGGCCCGGCCGGAGCGGGGACGGCGCCCGUAGCGGACAACACACAAAGUUUGCUCCGUCUCUUUCAUUAUCGCAGCUCAUGGCGGGCGGCCAGCAGAGCGGCACAGGAGGCAGCCCCGGGGAGCCGCUUCCCCGUGCUGACGAGCCGCAGCCCCUCGCUGAGGGGUUCCCCGAGGAGCAGCCCCGGCCGCCGCACCGCGAGGAUGAGCAGGAGGAGGACGGCGGGGAGGAAGAGCCGGAGCGCGCAGAGGCUCACUUGGAGGGGGUGUUGGAUGAAGACACCACUGCCGAGGGACUCCACACCUUCGGCCGCUCGGCCCUUGGCACUGAAUAUGUUUAUCUCCAUCUGUCACUCCCCGGUCGUGGGUUGAGGGACAUCAGCAUUCUCUCUGGCUACAUCCACCUGCAGAAAAUGGAGCUUUCCUCCAAUAAAAUUAAUGAUCUUUCCUGUAUCAGUCACAUGCCUUAUUUAGUAGAGCUGGAUGUCUCCAAAAAUCAACUGACCACAUAUUUCGAUUUUAAACCACCUAAAAACCUCAAGGAAGUAGAUUUUUCACACAAUCAAAUCCAAAAAAUGAGAGAUCUGUCAGCAUACCACUCACUUACCAAACUCCUGCUGGAUUACAACGGCAUCGAGGAGCCGCGGGGGCUGGAGCGCUGCCGCGGGCUGGCCCGCCUGGGGCUGGCCCACAACCGGCUGGGCGCCGCGCGCGGCCUGCACAGCCCGGCCCUGAGGGAGCUGGACCUGAGCUUUAACCAGAUUGAGAAGGUGGAUGGGCUGAAGGGUUUGAAAUCUCUGCGGAGGGUGGAUCUGUCCAACAAUAAAAUCAAGAGUCUGCAAGGCUUGGAGGGACACGACCUGCUGGAGGUGAUCAACCUGGAGAAUAACCAGGUGGCUGAGGUCAGUGAGCUUAAAUGGAUUAAAGAUCUGCCUCUCCUCAGGGAUGUAAAUCUUCUAAAAAACCCUCUGCAGGAAAAAGAGGGGUAUUGGCUCUCAGCGAUUUUCAUGUUGCUGCAAGUCACAGAACUGGAUCACAAAAAGGUUUCAGUGGAAGAAAAGGUGGCUGCUGUGAACGCCGAGGACCCUCCUCCAGAAGUCGUGGCCGCUCACGACCACCGGAUUCAGCUUUUGUGCCACGCUCGGCAGCCCCAGGGACUCCUGGACAGCACUUUGCCUGGUUUUGGUGACCCCUACCCCAUGCUGGUGUUACUGGGCCCUGUGGCCGGGGGGAGGAGGCAACUUGCUCUCAAAAUCUGCAGAAAAUUCAAGAAUUUCUUCAGAUUUGGGCCCUGUCACACCACCAGGACAGCUUAUUUUGGGGAAGAAAACAGAUUCGAUUAUUAUUUCAUUUCUCAAGAAGAAUUUGGCAAAAUGGUGGAAGCUGGGAAAUUUCUGGCAACCUACAAAUACGGCGGGCACAGCUACGGGCUGGCGAGGGACACGGUGGAGUCCAUCGCCAGGGAGGGGCUGGCGACCUGCGUGCACCUGGAGAUAGAGGGUGUCCGUAGCUUGAAGAACACCUACUUCCAACCCAGGUACGUGCUGUUGGUCCCCAGGGAUAAAUGGAAAUACGGGGAGCGCCUGAGGAGGACGGGAUUGUUCAGCAGGACGGAGAUCGCCGAGGCGCUGGCCAGAGUGGACACGUACCUGCAAAUAAAUCAGGAUUUCCCGGGAUACUUCCACGCUCUCAUCAACACGGAUGAGCUGGAGGAGGCGUUCACAGAGCUGACUCACCUUGUCAAGGUCUACCUGGGCUUGGAGCCACCCGACUCUUUGGACCUUCAAGGCACCAAGGGCAGGGCAGCUUCCAGGAACCAGCUCUUCCCAGAGGAGAAGUCGUCCCCGGGCCAAGGAUCUCCUCGGCGCUCUCGGACUCCGUCCUCCGGUGACGUUUUGGACCCUUCUGCCAAAACCUGCCCCGGGGAGCUCCUGGAAAUGCCGACCGCAGCCCCGGGCUCCGUGGAAGAAGCUUCGCUCCAACGGCGUUUCCCGGCUGCGCCUCAGGGGAUUCUCCUCCACAGCUCCGGGGCACUUGGGCGUCUCGGGGGCCGCGGUUCCGUCCCAGCCGCUGCAGCUCUCGCCGGGCCAGACCAAGUCGUGUGGACCAAGUUUCCCAUCCCUCGGAGGCACCUCCCUGGAAAAGCCAGAGCAGCUGGAAAAGGGAUGGACACCUCAAAAGAGGCUGCUGAGAACCUCCUGAGGAAAUCCAGCAAGGCCAAGUUGGGGUCUUCUCCUGUCCUGCCUCCAAUCCCACCUGGACAGACAAACACCAACCCCUGACGGCCACGUCCAUCCCAAUUUCUGUCACACUGACUCUUCCUGACCCUGCUUUUCCAUCUCUUGCUCUUCAAAAUCUAUCAAAUAUUAUUGUUGAAUCCAUUUCUGAUUAACUAACACAAAA